AUGUAGCAGCAUCCUGGGGGAUUCUAGCAAGGAGUCUAGCAAGGAGAGCUGAGAUUGAGAGUAGUGCAAGCUAACAUGUACAGAGACACUGACUGGUUAAAGUAAUUUUGUCUUUUGUAACAAGUGCACAGAAAAAUGGAUCCUUAUGUAGUCAUAGAAUACCAAGGCCACCAGUUCAAAACUAGAACUCAAAAGAAUGCUGGCAAGCACCCUAUCUGGAAUGAGGUAUAUAGAAUGCCAUAUGUUGAUUGUAUAUUACAGGAGUUCAGUUUAUUUGUUACAAACAUGCAUGAUGAGAUCAGAAUCAAGGUGAUGGAUCAGGAUUUUGGACCAGAUGACACUGUAAACAUUCACUUUUAAUUAUAUUAUUAUAGGUCGGAGUUGCAAGUAUCAAACUUGCAAGUUUAUGCUAAGGUAAUGGAUUAAGAGACUGGACUUGAAUCAAGAUUCAUUAAUAAUGCAGGACAAAUGGGACCCUCACACUAUGAAUAGUAUGGAUAGAUGACUGGGAAUCCUUAUGUAACUGCAGGUGCUAUCCCAUACGCAUCUACAUCAUACCAAUAAUCAUAUAUCACUCCUCCACCAUCAGCUCAUCAUCAUAUUCCUUUCGUUCAUCAUCAUGAAAACGUCUAUUCAGGAGGAGUUCCAAUGUACGGGUCAAAUACACCUAGUCAUAUUCAAUCAUUCUACCCAGGCCAAUAUGCUUAUAACUAAUACAGACCUAUGCAUAGUACUCCGCAAUUUUAUUGA